AAAGCAGUUGCUCUCUUGUUCCUGCAGAAAAACAAGCUAAAAACAGCUGUCCUCAUAAAACACUGGAAACACUGAGUAAGCUAUCAGGAUGUUGUUAAUGACCAAGACACGUUAGCAUAGCAGCCUACAGGAGUUUCAUCGGUUAAUGUGUGAACUGCGACCAUCACACGGAUGACACUGGAAGAGCAUCCAGCCUGUCAGACAUUUAGGUGUAACGUAAUAUGUACUCGUUGUGGCAGGGAAAGCGCAACGCCGUAAGGGAACCGCGGUGCCACAGCACCCCGUGCCGACUUCCAUCCACCCCCUCCUGCCUUAACACACCGAGGGGGGCGGAGCGGAGCGAGGGCCGCCCCCCGCCGCAAGCCCGGGGCGGGACGUGAGGCGCCGCACGCCUCGGCCUCAGAGCCGCAAGGGCGCCGACGCUCCCAGCCGCCGAGGUAACGUGUUUCCAAGGGAUGCUGAUGAGUCUCUUCCAAUUUACUGCUAGAAGGUUGGUUUCCCAAGUGCAUUGUGGAUUUAAGGCUUCUUCAAAGAAACAGAAGUUUUGUUUGGAAAUGGCUCGUCCUAGUUCAAAUAUGGCUGAUUUUCGAGAGGUGUUUGCCAAAGCGAAGCACAUAGCCAUCAUCACAGGGGCGGGAGUUAGUGCAGAGAGUGGAGUUCCUACCUUCAGAGGGGCUGGAGGUUUCUGGAGAAAGUGGCAGGCCCAGGAGUUGGCUACGCCAGAGGCUUUUGCACGAAACCCUUCUCGUGUAUGGGAAUUUUACCAUUACCGCCGGGAAGUGAUGUUGAGUAAACAUCCAAAUCCUGCACAUAUCGCCAUUGCAGAGUGCGAAAGGCGGCUGAGCAAGCAAGGACGGAGUGUUGUGGUCAUUACGCAGAAUAUUGAUGAACUACACAGAAAGGCAGGCACAAAGCACCUCCUAGAAAUUCAUGGUAGUUUAUUUAAAACUCGAUGCACCAACUGUGGAAAUGUGGCUGCAAAUUACAAGAGUCCAAUAUGCCCUGCAUUGGCUGGCAAAGGGGCUCCAGAUCCUGAAACACAAGAUGCCGCUAUUCGAGUUGAAGACCUUCCUCAGUGUGAGGAGGACGGCUGCAACGGACUCCUCCGUCCACACGUUGUAUGGUUUGGUGAAACCCUGGAUCCUAACAUUCUGACAGCGGUUGAGAAGGAGCUUGAGAUAUGUGACCUCUGCUUGGUGGUUGGGACCUCCUCCGUGGUGUAUCCUGCUGCUAUGUUUGCCCCUCAGGUAUCUGCCAGAGGAGUGCCAGUUGCUGAAUUUAACAUGGAAGCCACUCCUGCCACAAACAGAUUCAGGUUUCACUUUCCGGGCCCCUGCGGGACCACCCUGCCGCCGGCGCUGGCCCGACACGAGACGGAGAUCAUCUCCUGAGCACCCGGGAGCGGCGGGCAGGGACGCACCGCACCGGCAGCUGCAGCCCGGCCUGGCGGGACCCAGCGCGGAGGGGCAGGGGGAGUUGGGGAGGGGAAAAGGGGAGAAAGCGGAGGCGGCGGGUCUCGCCGGUCUGUUCCCUCCCCUGCUCCCUGCAGCAAUAAAUGGGGGGCGCGGCACGGAGCGAGCUGCCCCGAGCCCAG